AGAUGGACACCUCUUCUUCUUCUGGACGAUCUCCGUCUCCUACUGGGACUGUCUUCUUACCCCCUCCUAUCAUGUGGAACAGUCUCUACAAGCAGGCAGAGAUGGAGGUUCAGUUCCUGAGGGAAGAGAAGAAGACCUGUACAGAGAAGGAAGCCCACAUGCUUGAGUUGAGGGAGAAGGAUCGAACGAUCCGAAAUCAGAAGAAGGAGAUGGACAGACUUCAAGUGUGCCUCUGGGAGGAGGAAAAGAAGAAGAGGAAUGGUGGAACGGAGAAGGACGAGAUGAUUGAACAACUACAGUCUGAGACAGACCAUCUCAGAGCCCUUUUGAAAGAUGAAAGGAGGAGCAGAAGAGUAGAAAGAGGUAUUAUGAAAGAGUGGAAGGCUGAGAUCCUGAGACUGAGGGAGGCAGAGAGCCAGGGGGAGGCAGAGAGCCAGAGGGAGGCAGAGAGACAGAGGGAAGCAGAGAGAAAGAGGGAGGCAGAGAGAGCCACAGAAUGGGAGGAGAACCAGAGAAAAAUGCAGGAGAUCAACAGACUACAACAACUGCUGGAGCUGCUGAUGGUGGACCUACAACUGGCCCACGUAAGACAUGUCAUUGUUAUUAUUAAAAGGCAGUGUAUAUUCACCUGGCUGAAAAUGAAUGGCGGCAGACAGCUGUACGCUAACCCAAUGUUAACUUUUAUGCCUUUCCUAAACGUUAACCCUUACCUUAACCUUACUGAAACUAUACCUAACCUUUACCAUAACCCAACCCUAGGUCCUAAACCUAACCUUCAUUUAUCUCAACCCCUACGCCUUUCUUCUGCCGGUUGAAUAUCCACUUCCUUAUUCACGUCAUUACUGUUGUUGUUGUUGAUAACUGUAUCUGUACAGGUUGUAAAUAAUUGCAUUAGUGAAACAUCAUUUGUAGGAGUAAUUUCUACAAGCAUAAACAUCAGAGGCAACAUUGUUUUAACAUCACACAAAUUGCAAUGGGAAUUUCUCAAACCCCUAACUGAAUGGGCAAGUUAGUUGUGUGUUUAUAUUUGUACACAUUUUGGACAUAAUUUAUUACAUAAAAUAUCUCAUAAUUUUUUCAAUCCAUGUCAAUACAUUAACUGACAAUGAAUUGUCCAGAUGAAUUGAUCAAAAUGACUCUGCUAUUGAUGUUGUCCAGUGUUUGAUUCAAUUACCUAGGUCUAAGUUGUAUUUCUAUGUAUCAUUCUUUGCAAAUCCUUUGAAAGUAUGUCUUGGUCAAAGAUUAUCACUAAUUUAACCUUUUCCAAUUAAGCAAGAGAUAGAGAGAUUGAGGAUCAGGCAGAAAGUCAUGGAGGAUCAGCGACCAAGACUGGCCUGGAACAACAAACCUAUUGAGACAGAAAGAGAGAGGGAAAGAGAGGAAGAAAGGGACAGAAAAGCAGAAUUGGAAAGACAAGAAAUGAAGAAGAAAGUGAAACAGGCAGAAGAAACGAUAAAAGUGUUAGAACGAGAGAUUGAGAGAUUGAAAGAGACUGAAAAGGAAGUCAUAUUUGAAAGGGAAAGAGACAUGCAUAUUGCAGAGAAUGAGAAAGUCAAACUGGUUAACGAAAAGGUGAAAGAGUUAGAGAGAGAGGUUGAGAGACUGAAAGAAGAUAUGACAACAAAAGAGAUUCAAUACAAAAUCAAAUUUGAAAGAGCGAAAGAAGCGUAUAGAAGACAGAAUGAGAGAGGGAAACAGGUUAACCAAAAUGUACUAGUGUUAGACAGAGAGGUUGCGAGAAUGAAAGAAGAGAUUAGAUUGAAAGACGAGACUGAACCAGAGAGAACAUUUGAUAGAGACAGAGAGAGAGAAAAUGAUUGGAGACGAAGUGAAGAGGAGAUGAAAAAUAGAGUGGAGAGAGAGAUGGAGAUGGAGACAGCCCUCAUCAAUGACAAUAAGAAGUCUGAAUUGGAGGAAGUCUUCAAGAAAAUCAAGGAACAGCUGAAAGAAUUAGAAAACAUGGAAACAGACAAAUAUAAAUGGAAACAGAACCAAAUGGACAUGGAGGAGAAGAUGGAGGGUGAGAACAACAAACAGAAAGAGGUAGAAAGAAAGAGAAUGGAGAAAAUACCAAAACAGAGACAAGAAGAAGAUGAUAAGAAGAAGGAGAUGGAGAGAGAAGAAGAAGAGAGACGCAAACAGAAGCAAAUAGAGAUGGAAGAGGAAGAAAGAGAGCGAGAGAAAGAGAGACAGAGAGAGAUCAAAAGGAAGAGAAUGGAGAAGAGACAGAAAAAUAUGGAAAGAGAAGAAGAGAGACAGCGAGAGAUAGAAGAGAUACACAGACGACAACAACAAGAGGAGAGACAGAAACAAAUGGAGAAGGAGAAAGAAAUGGAGAAAGACAAUAAGAAUCAGAGAGAGAUGGAAUUAAAAGAUCAGCAACAGAAAGAGAU